AUGUAUUCACGCUAUAUGCGAGAUGUCUCGUCCGAGGUGUCGGAUGUCAAAAACACCUUUUCUGGAUGGGAUCAGUGUAUGAGCAAGGCAUACUGCAACAACGGCCACCACCGCAACCAGGGAUACACACAACCACCACCUCCAGUCUCGCAGUUCCCGCAAUAUACACAGUACCAACCUGCCGCUGCUCCCGUCUACCGCUCCCAACAACCACAAUAUGCACGUUUCGAUGCUCCGUCUUCGAACAAACCUUUCAAUGAAGAUGCCCUUCCUGCCAUGCCUAGUUGGAGUCAAAGCCGCACUCUGCGCCAACAAGACACGGAUAUGGAAAUGGGCAGUAUAUCCAACCAAGCAGCUCAACCCAUGCUUCCCAAAUCUCCGCACGCCAACGUUCAGGAAUAUCCUUAUCAGGCCAAUGCAGGUGCUUAUGGCGGUGACCUUGGAACCUCGCACUCGCCGUACGCGCCGCAAACUGAACAGUAUGGAUACGGCCAGGGUCAUUAUAGCCCUAGAGUUGCUUCGCCUGCUGGUACUGCGGCGCCGAGUUAUCAUACUACUGCCCCUGCUGCGCCUGCUGGGGUUGCCAGAAAACCUGUUAGUGGGUCGUGGAGGGAUCUUUGA